CUCCAUCUCUGUCUCUCUCUGACUCAAUCUCUCUCUAAAGUCUUAAAUUCUAAAUUGGUGGCAGUUGAUAAAACCUUUAUGUGUGGGUUUUCUCUCUUCUAUCCCUGUUUGCUCAGUUGUCAUAUGAAAACACGUCCUCAUUGAAUUUUCUUGUUGAUUUUACGUAGCUAGUUUGCUUCCAUCUGAUACCCAUACAGAAGCUCGUAGAUACUACUAUAGGCUAUGGAAAGUGAAGAACAGGAGUCUCCGGCUAAGGAAAUGGAUGAAAGGACUUCCAAUAACAGCUCAAUUAGUACUCCAAAGGUUGUAGAAUUGAGCGAAAUAAUGGAGGAAUCACCCACCGAUCAACAACGGCAAAGGCAAAGCCUUGCCUUAGAGAUACCCUCAAGAACAAAUGAGAACUCUAAUGGGGAUUUUGUCAGGAUAAACAUGCCCCAAACACCGAAUCAAACUCCUAAAAGAGUGAAUUUUUCGCCCGCUCCUAGCCCUAGAUACCCUCGAUUCAAUGAAUCUGCAAGUCCCUUUAGAGGUAAAUCAUCCCUGAAAAGCCUUCUUCCAAAAUUGAGCUUCAAAUUUCGUACUGCUAAUUCGGAAAUUGAGAAAGCUGCAAUCCUAGCCUUGGGAGAGUCGCCAAUGGAGAAGUCUUUGGGUCGAAGGACAUCCUCUCUUACAAAACUUUUCACUCCCAGAAUGAAAAGAAGUUCAUCUUUACCAGGCAUCCUAAUUAUACACUCAAAUCCAGAGUCUAUGCAUGGAGGGAGUACAGUGGAUGAUUAUGCAUAUGCUAAAAGCGGGACUCAGCUUUCUAUUCAUCGUUCACACUCAGUCCCUGUGUUAAAUAAAGAUGGAAGCAUAAGACAGGGUGAUUCAUUAAGCGGUGUGUUUCGUGUGGUUCCCACUACUCCACGAGCUGCCGAAGGAACUCCCGCAACGUUGACCACAAGUCCAACAAACAAUACUGAUGGAAAUUAUGAUGCUGGUGAUGAUAUUCCCGAAGAAGAAGCUGUUUGUAGGAUCUGUUUGGUUGAGCUUGGGGAGGGUGGUGACACUCUUAAGAUGGAAUGUAGCUGCAAAGGUGAUCUUGCACUGGCCCACAGAGAAUGUGCUGUAAAAUGGUUUAGCAUCAAAGGCAACAAGACAUGUGAUGUGUGCAAACAAGAGGUUCAGAAUCUACCUGUCAUUCUUUUCCGAAUUCAAAAUGCCCAAGCCCGUAACUUGCGAGGAAAUAGAGCCCGGCAAACUGAAGUUGCUCGAUACAGAGUUUGGCAGGAUGUUCCUGUUCUGGUCAUUGUCAGCAUGCUCGCGUACUUUUGUUUUCUAGAGCAGCUUUUGGUUUCAAAUAUGGGAUCGGGCGCAAUUGCCAUAUCCCUGCCAUUUUCCUGCUUUUUAGGUCUCCUUGCAUCCAUGACAUCAACAACUAUAGUGAGGAGGAAAUUUGCCUGGCUGUAUGCUGCUAUUCAGUUCUCACUGGUGGUUCUAUUUGCGCAUCUUUUCUAUUCACUGCUUAGAAUGCAGGCUGUUCUGGCAGUUCUUCUUGCCACACUUUCUGGUUUUGGAGGUGCAAUGUGUGGGACCUCUGUUCUUCUUGAGUUUUCAAAACUGAGGGAUAGAUGGGAUUUCCAGUUAAAUCAACAUUCGACUUCUCAGGAGGUAACUCAGCCGCCGGCAACUUCAAAUACACAACAAUCAACUGCUCCCCCUGAAACUGGGGAGUCCAGAGUAUAGCGUGGCAGCUAAUUCAUUAUUGUUACAAAGAAACAUUUUGUGCAGAAUGCCAUAGUAGAUCAAGAACUGGUUCUUAGCUUGUGUAUAAUAACGUUAAGUUUCGGUUGAAAUAUUGGGUUUGGUAUUUGUCCUGCAACU